AUGUGGGGAUUAAAGAAAGGUCACGAAGACGACGGCGAGUCCACGCCACGAGAAGACGCAGCUUCGAUGGAUGCCCCGCGAAGCACAAGGAGUGUGCGUUCGGCACAGAGAAAUAAUCAUGAUUCUCGAGAGCCUACUGAAAGGACGAGACUGCUUGACGAUGGACGUCGGCCUCCUAACGCGGAUGGCUACUUGGAUCCUGACGACCCAGCGGUCUCGCCGUACAACCUCUGGUCCGUCCGGUUCCUCCGCUACUUUACGAUACUGUUCUUCAUGAUCUCGUGCCUUUGGUGGACACUCCUCCUCAUUUCUAUCUUCAUCAGUCCGCCUGGGAUGCAUUCACGCGGCAGCGGAUUCUUCGAUUUCGCGUUUACUUGCCUUACCAUUGGAAACCUCUUAGUCGCCAUCAUCUUCUUCGCCGCGCCUGCUAAAGCUCUGCGCGUCACUACAGCUAUUAUUGCCGCCUUCCUUGUCAUCGACAUGAUCUUGAUUCUGGCAGUCCCCAGGAUACGGCUUGAAGAAGGCUGGGUAGGUAUUGCAUCCGUCGUCUGGGCAGUGUUCAUCGCGAUAUGGUGCAUCAUCACAGAUAGGGUCGUUGCAUGGGGCAAGAAGGAGGAAGAAGAACGUCUCACCGGACGCCCGGAGACCCGUCGCACGCUGAAGGAAUGGCUUGCCGUCCUGGUAGCCACCAUCCUCACCAUCGCUUUCAUCGUCGUCGCCAUCCUCAUGACCGGCACGCUGAGCAUCCGCGCGCGAGACUCCACGCUGAAAAUGCAGGGAGACCGCAUCCUCGUCGACGGAGACAAGUACGCCGUCCACCUAGCUUGCAUCGGCAACGUGACCUACACCGACGACAAGCGCGACCCCACCAUCCUCCUCGAAGCCGGCGAGGAGCCUUCCGAAUACGACUUCGAGCACUGGGCCUACAACGCCGUGCAAAAUGGCACCAUCAACCGCUACUGCUACUGGGACCGCCCCGGCUACGCCUGGUCCGACAACGCGCCCUCUCCCCACAGCGCAGGCAUGUCCGCCGACGCACUAUCAGAAGCCCUCGCCAAAGCCGGCGAAGAAGGCCCCUGGGUCCUCGUGUCUGCCGGCACCGGCAGCAUCGUCUCCCGCAUCUUCAGCUCCCGCCAUCUGAAGCAGGUAACUGGCCUCAUGCUCAUCGACCCCAUGCACGAGGACCUCCUACACCGCAUCGGCAACCCCGGCCGCGGCUUCGUCCUCUGGGGCUGGGGCAUUAUCUCCCCGCUCGGCAUAACCCGUCUCGCGGGCGCCAUUUUCAAAGGUCGCACGAGGCAGGACCGUGUGUACGGGCGCAACGCAUACCAAGGUGGAAAGUUCAUCAAGGCGGAACUACAAGAGAAUCUCGUUGCGGACUCGCUCAGUAAGAAUGAGGUUUCGUCCGCGAGGAACAUCCAGUCUGCGGACACGCCGUUGGUGGUGGUCAGCAGUGCGAUCAAGUGCCGCAGCGAUGGCGAGUGGGAGAGGAAGCAGAGGGAUUCGACCAAGUUGACGGAGAAUCUCGUCGGCUGGGAUGUGGUUAACAAGGCGCCGCAUCAGGUGUGGAGGACGUUUGAGGGGAGGCAAGUUAUGGAGAAGAGGUUAAAGGAGUUGGUUAAGGCCUCGAGGAAGGUCAAUGGGACGACGAUCGAGGAGUGA